AUGAGCGAAGAAAAAAAAGACUCUGAAGGUAUAGCCGAAGGCCUCGCAUGUAAGGCAAUUGUUGCAAUGACUUCAGUGGCGCUAUACAUCAUGUUUUUUCAACUUGAUAUUAUUUCAGCUCAAGUACUUCUUGCGUUCAAAAUCCCAGUACAGACUACGACUAUUUAUAUUGAAAAAAUAUAUGGUUUAAGAUUUCUAACAUUUUCUUUAGGUACCAUAAUAGUAUAUAUUAUAUACGCAAUUUAUGAAAAUAUAAAACCUGAUAUGGAUCAUCACCAUACAAGGGUGACAAUCAAAAAAACAUCAUUUGUUGUUAUGUUGAUUGGGCGUGUUAUUUUACUAUUGGUUUCAUGUUUUUCUUCAAAUAUACCAUACCACGUAUAUUUAGCAUUAACUUUUGAAUCUUUUGGGUUAGGAGCCGCUGCAACGUAUAAUAUUGCUACUGUUCCUCAACAUAGCACUGUUGUUAUUAUGUCCGCUCAUUUGUCACGUUUAGUAACAUUUCUGGCUCAGUUACUUCUUGAUUUUGUAUAUCGAGAUAAUCCUCUCCCAAAAGUAAGAUUUCAAUUUCUAUUAUGUUCAACUUUAAAUGCCAUAGCGGUUGGAUGUUUAUUUUACUAUCAUGAUAAAUCUCCUUGUGAAAUUCGUAACACUCCAGAUAACCCUGAGCCUAAAGAAAACGGAGAUGGUAAUACGAGUACACAGGAUACAAGUGGAGGAGGACACGGAGGAAGUAAUGGCGGAGGUGAGGUAUCGAAAAAAGAAUCCGAAAGGUGGAGUUUCGGAACAACCUUUUCUAAGGUCGCAUCUCCGUUUUUCAUGUAUUCGGCCGGAUCUACGCUUUUUGAUACGGUUCACCCAGGUGUUAUUCCUUAUGCGUUAUUACCAACUAAAAAAUGUCACUUAAUCAACAUGAUGUCACCAAUAGCCAAUCUAACUGGACCUUUAACAUUGUUCGCCUUGGAAACCGCAGGCCUAUAUAAUGAUUGGAAUAGUUCUUUUAACGCAGGAUGGCUUUUUACUAUUCCUAUGAUAAUUAUAUCGGUAUAUUCCAUUUUAGCUGUGCACACCAGAAUACCAUCUGCCAGAAUAAUAAUAAACAAUAGACCUAGAGUCUUGGCUAUGACAUUUUCAGGGGCACUAGGAAAUAGCUUCAUGGAUCCACUUAGUUUUUCAGGAGUUGCAAAAAUACUGUUCGUGCCAAAAGGACACAUUCCCGAUCUUGGCGUUCUUUUGCUACAUGAGUUAUUUUGUAUGGUCGUUCGAUACUUCAACGAUAAACUUUCUGUUGGAUAUAAUGUAGUGAGAACUAGUCUUGGGUAUGUGUUCCCCAAAUUUAGACCCAACCACAGAAUGUCUAAAUGGAAUACAUUUUGGUAUGUGUUGAAACAGACGUUUAGAAAGGCAAUAAGAGAUGCGAGAAGUGACCUAAAUUUGGAUGUAAAAAAGUACCUAUAA